AUGCUUCAUUCGAGGACUUGGAAAGCAAGGCUACAGGUUGCAGCUGCAAUUGCCUUGGAAACUACUACUUACCUGCUAAAUGAGGGACGCCACCUUAAGAAACGAGUGACAGAGUUUCGUAUUGAUCAGGUUCUUCAGCCAUUUGACGAUAACAAAUUUAACUUCACAAAAGUGGGCCAAUUGGAAAUCCUUUUCAUGUUGGAAUCAAGCAAUGACAAUGAAUUGCAUUACUUUCCGAGUUCAGCAGUUGAUGUUGCUUCUAGCUCACACAGCGUUGUUGCCAUCAAUAGGAUUGAUCAUGAGAGUUUCUUGUUUGCCCUUCACUUAGCUAGAGAAGCAGCAGAUCCCGCUUUCAGAAUGGGUUAUAAUAGUUCGGGUGCCUUUGCCACCAUCAGUCACCUCCGCUUCCAGGUGCCGACUGAUGCUAGAGUAAUAGUAUCUAAGUUAUUGGAUUAUCUUAUGUCUGGUCUUAUUUUUACAGGUGGGUGCACAUUGCACAAUUUAUCUGAUGUAGUUGCCGACUCCUGUAUUUUCCUGCAAAAUAAUAACAUUCCUAUCGAUGUACUAAUAGCUGAUUAUGGCAGAAGAAUUUAUUUGCUACCUCAGUGUUAUGCCGAGAAACAAGCACUUGGAGAAGUAGAACGGAAGCUUCUGGACAGUCAAGUGAAUCCUGCUGUUUGGGAAAUCGGUGGACACAUUGCGUAA